AACGGCCUAGCCUGCUUGGACUCAAAACUUGUACAAGCCAAUCAUUUUUCCUUCAGUGGACUCCAUGUAACGGGCAACACAUCGAACCCAACUGGGUCUAUUGUGACCCCUGUGCUUGUGGGUCAAAUUCCUGGACUGAACACCCUUGGUAUUUCAAUGGCUCGUAUUGACUACGCACCAUGGGGCCUCAGUGCUCCUCACUUUCACCCUCGAGCCACCGAGAUUCUAACUGUCUUGGAAGGCACUCUCUUUGUUGGUUUUGUGACUUCAAAUCCUGAUAACAGACUCAUCACAAAGGUGCUUGAAAAGGGUGAUGUGUUUGUGUUCCCAGUAGGACUUCCUCACUUCCAAAGAAAUGUGGGGAAUGGAAGUGCAGUUUCAAUCUCUUCCUUGAGUAGCCAAAACCCUGGUGUAAUCACCGUCGCCAAGGCCGUUUUCGGAUCAAAUCCCUCCAUUGGUAAUGAUAUUCUGGCUAAGGCUUUCCAGAUUGACAAGAGUGUGAUUGAUCAGCUUCAAGCAAACUUUUAG